CACGGAACAUGGAGUGAGCUUGUGACCAAUGGCAUCUACGCUCCUAAAUAGAUGGUUCUUUAGUAAAGACAGUGGUUCUAUAUGGAACUAUGAACACUCAGCGAACUAUCUGCAUAAUUAAAGGGUUCUUUACAUGGUGAAAUGGUUCUUCAGAUUGAUGGAGAAAGUGCUGGAUAUGGUUCUAUAUAGCACCAAAAAGAUUUCUGCUAUCAUUACAAGCUUGAGAUUGUAAUAAUACAAGAACCCUUUUGGUGCUAUAUAGAACCAUGUACAACAAUACAAACCCUACAAGUGCAGAUUAGUUUGUGAACAGAUAAAAGCAGCUAUACGAGUUAGCUCCGCCCACACAAUCUGAUUGGCUGAAAAGCAACACACCCGUGUUUUAUUGUUCCCUUCACUACUUCUUAGUUGGGUGCCUUUUUUGUAAAUGCUAAAUAUCUGUGAGGGAGCUUUUAGAGGUGGACGUCUGGUUCCUAUCACCACCACUGUGAACAGUUCUGACUCUGUAUGUUUAUCUAGAACAGAGCGUUUCACACCAAACCACUCUGUUUACAUCUUAACUGUUUAAUUAGGCAGAACAUUUGGAAAAUGGGUGGAGUUCCCCUUUAACUAGAUACAUGCCUGUGUGAGUCUAUCUUAAGUGGUCAUUUUAAAAUGGAUAAUGAAAAAACACACAAAAUAAAAAAUAAUACCUGAAAAUAAUAAAUAAAUUUAAAAAAGCACAAAAUAAUUAAAAUAAAUUAUCACAAAAAAUAAAAAAUAAUAAUAAGACAAACCAAAAAAACAAAAACAAAACACAACAAAACUCGGGCUGUAACUGAGGACUUGGUGUCUGGGUCCUCAGCUCAGGAAGUGAAGUCUGAACAGCUCUGCGUCUCUCCGGUCUAGACUGAGAUGUUGGGGCUCUACAGUGGGAGCUGUGAGCAGCAGGAAAGCAGCCCGGCGCUAAAUGAAGCCCAAAUACGGGAUUAGAUCCUGAUGUGUUGAGGCGCUGAUAUGGCUCAGACGCUGCAGAUGGCCAUCCCCAACUUCGGAAACAACGUCCUGGAGUGCCUGAACGAGCAGCGGCUGCAGGGGCUCUACUGCGACGUCUCCGUGGUGGUCAAGGGACACACGUUCAAGGCCCACCGCGCCGUGUUGGCCGCCAGCAGCUCCUACUUCCGCGACCUCUUCAACUCUGGCGCCAAAAGCUCGGUGGUGGAGCUGCCGCCGGCCGUGCAGCCGCAGAGUUUCCAGCAGAUCCUGUCCUUCUGCUACACGGGGCGGCUCAGCAUGAACAUCGGGGAUCAGUUCCUGCUCAUGUACACGGCCGGCUUCCUGCAGAUCCAGCAGAUCAUGGAAAAGGGAACCGAGUUCUUCCUCAAAGUCAGCUCCCCCAGCUGCGACUCGCAGGGUCUGCACACGGAGGAGAUGCCACCUUCUGAGCCCCAGAGCCCAGUGGGCGGAGCUAUGGGAGGGGGCGUGGUCGCCACGGCACCCGGACGCCCCGCCUCCUGCCUCACUCCGCUUUCGUUGGUGUCGAGGGUGAAGACGGAGCAGCCGCAGCAACAGCAGGAAGGGUCUCCGUACUCAGUGGUCUGCACACCGGUCGCUAAACGGCUUUGGGAGGGGGGCAGCCGAGAAGGGGGCGGGGGGGCAGGAGGAGGUGGAGGAGGGGGAGGGAUGAGGAAGGCCCCACGCUUCUCACAGGAAGUAGCGCGAGGUAUGCCUCCUCAGGGUGCGGCGAUGUUGGGUGGAAGCGUGGCGGCUAACAGCAACAACAACAACAAUAACAGUAGCAGCUGCGGGGGGGCUAGCGGUGGGGGCACUCCGGAGGGCACCAGCCCGGCCACGCUGAGCAUGUACACCAGCGACUCACCCAUCUCCUACCACGACGACGAGGAAGAGGAGGAACUCGCAGACGAAACGGCUGAAGAUCAGUACAGGCAGAUCUGCAACAUGUACACCAUGUACAGCAUGAUGAACGUGGGGGCUGCAGCUGGAGAGCGGGUGGAGUCCCUGCCGGACCACCUGACCGUAGAGUCGAGAGGCAGAGGGGUCCGGGUGCGUCCAGAACUCUCCUCCCUGCCGACGGAGCUGAUCUCCCAGAUUGGGAACCGCUGCCACCCCCGGCUGUAUGAGGAGGGCGACCCGGCGGAGAAGCUGGAGCUGGUGAGCGGAACCAGCGUCUUCAUCUCCCGCGCGCAGCUCAUGAACUGCCACGUCAGCGCCGGGACCCGGCACAAAGUCCUGCUGCGCCGCCUGCUGGCCGCGUUCUUCGACCGGAGUACUCUGGCUAACAGCUGUGGGACGGGGAUUCGCUCGUCCACCAACGACCCCAACAGGAAACCUCUGGACAACAGAGUCCUCCACGCAGUCAAGUUUUACUGUCAGAACUUCGCGCCGAGCUUUAAGGAGAGCGAGAUGAACGCGAUAGCGGCCGACAUGUGCACUAACGCCCGCCGCGUGGUCAGGAAGAGCUGGAUCCCCAAACUGAAGCAGCUGAUGGCCGAGAGCGACGCCUACGCUAACCUCUUCCCCGACGCUAACAAGCCGGAGGCCGACGCCCUGGGGGCGGAGCCUGCGUUUGACGCGCCCGUCGUGGAGGGCGGGCCGUGCUCAGACGGCGCCUCUGCUGAGGCGCUGCAGGGCGUGGGCGGAGACGUGUUUUAGUGAGUGCGGUCGCCAUGGCGACGGCUCCGAUCCUCUCUUCCUUUUCAUCAGUCCAUUUUUUCCAACGAUGCAAAGCAUCACUGUGUAUGCUACUGAACCAGACUGGAGAGAGAGAGGGCGGAGCGGAGGGAGAGGGGGCGUGGCUUAAAUAAAUAAAAGGUCAGUUUUUUCUUUUUUUAGGUGAAAUGCUGGAUUUCUCUCUCUGCUCUCAUUCUUUUGAGUUAAGCACACAUUCCCAAAGAGGGGGCGGGGCCAAAGAAGAGUUUAAGAGGCAGGACCAGAGAAGAAGGGUGUGUUAAAAUAGGAGGGGCGGGACUAGCAUGGGCGGGGCCAGUGAGAAAGCAAGCACUUUAUUGGUCUGUAAACACUGUCUGUCUCCAUCAUGAAUGUAUCUGUCCAGAAAGUUCUGUCAGCUCGCUGGCCUCGGGAUUUAUACAGAAGAUGGAGGGGAAUUCCACCAGAUUUUCAAAAUCCCCCCGUAAUUCAGUGGUUGAGAUUCAGAGUGGUUUGUGAAAUACUUAAAAGACAGACAUUUUAUUUACU